CUUGCUUGCUUCGUGGAUUCAAACACUUGCGACGACCGAUAUUCGAGCAACGCCAGGCGACUAGGCUCCUCCCCCCAAACACCGACACACAAACGCAACUCUUUAGAACGAUACGUAACCGUUCAUUUUGCGCUUUAACCAGAAAACUCAACGACUCCUGCAGAAAAGGCUCCCCCCGUCUCACGUCCCACCACCGCAACAAUGGCGACCCUCGGAGGUUACCUCAACAAGAAAGUCCUUAUCGUGACUUCGGACUCGAGAAUUCUUGUCGGCACCUUGGAGGCCGCAGACCAGUCCACCAACCUCGUCCUCAGCGCCGCCCAGGAGCGAGUAAUCCAGACCCCCGAGAGCGGAGAACCAUCGGUCCAGGUACCCCUCGGCCUCUACCUCGUCCGGGGCGAUAACGUUUGCACCAUCGGCCUGGUGGACGAGGCACUAGACGACAGCAUCAACUGGACCGAGGUCAAGGGCUCCGCCAUUGGAGGGACCAAGCACGUAUGAGCUACCCCGAGCCAUAGACGGGGGCUCUUAUGGACAGAGUGGGCAUUGUUCGAGUACAUCACGGGUGUGGCUUUUCACUUUAUUUAUCACGAGCGGGAUACCCAAGUGUUGGGACGACGUGAGCUUCCUGCUGCCACGAGGCGCACACGCACGCAGGCACACGCACACACACACACACACACACGCAAAACAACGGCGUUAAAUAUGUUUGGGUUGGUAGAGAAUGAUAUUGGGUUCCUACGGGG